GGGGAGGUAGCGGAGAGUCGCUGCUGACAGCUGGAGGGCUAAAGCCAGGCUGCAAGACUGAAACAACCUGCCAGGGCACUUGUCUGCUCCAGAGCUGUGUGUUACAAUCCAGGAGGCUGGCCUCGGAGAGACAUUAACAUAGAAAACAGAUUGUUCUUCCCUGCUCUCCCCCCCUACACUGGUGUGCGGAAUGGUUUCACCCGAUGCUCUGUUGUAAGGGCAGGAACUGGCUCAGCUCUCAAUCUGGUACCCACACUCUCAUCCUCCUGCAUCCUCCGCUCAGCAUCCUCCGCUCAGCAUCCCACCGGCUGCUCUCCGCACAGCACCCCAGCCCUGGCCUUCCAGGGGGCACUGACCUCAAGGACCUGAAGGACCUUCUAGUAUCUGAACAGACCCAGCAAAGUAUGAUAAUUAAUCACACAGAUCAACGCCGGUACUGGAAAGGAGCAACUCACCUUGAACAUAUCUAACAUUGCUGCUCUCCCUAGAAAGAAGGUUACGCCUCGGGCAUUUUGGGCUGAGAAGUAACAAGUCGGCAUUUUAGCAUAAUUCCAAGAUUACAAUCCUUAGGUAGGGCUUUGUAGCAUUCAACCAUGGAGGAUACGUACAGAGACCGGACUGCCUUUAUUCGAGGAGCUAAAGAUAUUGCGAAGGAAGUCAAGAGACAUGCGGCCAAAAAAGUGGGCAAGGGCGUGGACAAGAUGCAGGACGAGUACACAAAGCGAUCUUAUACAAGAUUUGAGGAAGACGAUGAUGACGAUUACCAGCCACAAGAUGGAUAUUACCGGGGCGACCCUCUUAAUGACGAGGAAGGAGCCUCUAGUGAUGCCACCGAGGGGCACGAUGAAGACGAUGAAAUUUAUGAGGGGGAGUAUCAAGGUAUUCCUCGGGCUGACUCCAUGAAGGGAGAUCACCUCGCAAACAACCAGCAGCUUGUUACGGAAUUCAAAGACUUCAAUGAUUUGGAAGGUCAAAGGAAAAAGGACAAGGAGGAACUGGCUCAGCAAUAUGAGGUGAUCCUACAGGAGUGCGGGCACGGGCGCUUUCAGUGGACUCUCUAUUUUGUUCUUGGACUUGCCUUGAUGGCCGACGGCGUGGAGAUUUUUGUGGUGGGAUUUGUGCUGCCGAGUGCAGAGAAAGACAUGUGUUUAUCUGACUCCAAUAAAGGCAUGCUGGGUCUCAUCGUCUACCUGGGGAUGAUGGUUGGUGCUUUCCUAUGGGGAGGGAUGGCAGACCGCAUUGGCCGACGGCAAUGCCUACUCAUCUCUCUCUCUGUCAACAGUGUGUUUGCCUUCUUCUCUUCAUUUGUCCAGGGAUAUGGGACCUUCUUGUUCUGCAGGCUUCUGUCUGGUGUUGGUAUUGGCGGGUCCAUUCCAAUUGUGUUCUCCUAUUUCUCUGAGUUUUUGGCCCAAGAGAAAAGGGGAGAGCACUUGAGCUGGCUGUGCAUGUUCUGGAUGAUUGGUGGGAUCUACGCCUCAGCAAUGGCUUGGGCCAUCAUUCCACACUAUGGAUGGAGCUUCCAGAUGGGUUCCGCUUACCAAUUCCACAGCUGGAGGGUGUUUGUGCUGGUGUGUGCCUUCCCAUCUGUCUUUGCUAUUGGGGCUUUAACCACCAUGCCUGAGAGCCCUCGCUUUUUCUUAGAGAAUGGGAAGCACGAUGAAGCUUGGAUGGUGCUAAAGCAAGUUCAUGACACCAAUAUGAGAGCCAAAGGACACCCUGAGAGAGUGUUUUCCGUGACCCAAAUAAAAACUAUUAAGCAAGACGAUGAGCUUGUUGAGAUCCAGUCCGACACUGGGGCCUUGCACAGACGAUGGAUGAUCAAACUUCUCAACCUAUCACAAGAGGUCUGGGCCAACUUCCAUCAGUGUUUUGCCCCAGAAUACCGUCGCAUUACUCUCAUGAUGAUGGCUGUUUGGUUCACCAUGUCCUUCAGUUACUAUGGGCUGACCGUGUGGUUCCCAGACAUGAUCAAACACCUGCAGAACAUCGACUACGCCUCGCGUACAAAAUACUUCCAUAACGAGUCUGUGAAUAACUUCAACUUCAACUUCACCCUGGAAAACCAGGUCCACAGGAAAGGAGAAUACCACAACGACAAAUUCAUAGGCCUCAAGCUGAAGUCGGUCAUCUUUGAAGAUUCCUUGUUCACCGACUGCUACUUUGAGGAUAUCACCUCCAGUAACACGUUCUUCAAAAACUGCUCUUUCAUUCGCACGAUGUUCUACAACACAGACCUGUUCGAUUACAAGUUCAUCAACAGUAAGUUCACCAACAGCACAUUCCUGCACAGUAAGGAAGGCUGCCAGCUAGACUUCAGCGAUGAUAUCAACAACGCCUACAUGAUCUACUUUGUGAGCUUCCUAGGCACUCUCGCAGUCUUGCCUGGCAACAUCGUAUCUGCUUUGCUCAUGGACAAAAUCGGCCGCCUUCGAAUGCUGGCUGGCUCCAGUGUUAUGUCUUGCAUCAGCUGCUUCUUCCUGUUCUUUGGAAACAGUGAGUCGGCCAUGAUUGCCUUGCUCUGCCUAUUCGGAGGGGUCAGCAUCGCUUCUUGGAAUGCGCUGGAUGUCCUGACAGUGGAACUCUAUCCUUCUGAUAAGAGGACCACAGCCUUCGGAUUCUUGAAUGCCCUCUGCAAAUUAGCCGCUGUCCUGGGAAUCAGCAUUUUCACUUCAUUCGUCGGGGUAGCCAAAGCCGUGCCCAUCUUGUUGGCAUCCGCAGCAUUGGCGGUGGGUAGCUUUCUAGCCCUCAAACUACCGGAGACCAGAGGUCAAGUACUUCAGUGAGACAAACCCAUGUAAAAACAGAUUACAUAUGUAGGCACUGUGAAAAGUCUUAUUUUUAUUUUGUUUUGUGGGGCCCGGCCCCAAAUCCUCCUCUCCCCUGAGAUAUUAAUAAGGUGAUAUAAAUGAGUGUUAGAUAGAAUGAUUUCAAGAGAACAGAAGGCUCCAAUUGUUUGCACUAUUGCUAGACUUGAGAGUGUCUUCAAGGGUUAUUUUGUGUUCAGUGUGAUU